AUGCACCCAGCUCCUCUGGUGCUGCCGUCCAACUCCAAGUUCGCCUCGACCAGCAGGAUGGACAACGCCGUGGUAAUGAGCACGGCACACUGCCUGGGUGCCGACACGGUAGCUUCGGUGCGGCGCGUAGGCAGCAGCUACUCGGUUCUACAAUGCGCCGGCAACCUGCGGAUCCUGACGCGCAUCGCAGAAUUUUAUCACAAGCUCGACUACCAACCACCUCUACCGGCGGCAGAUGCACCAGGACUCGAACCGGCCGAUCGCCAAGCUCGCAACCGAGCUGGCGGCGCGCGCUGCGCCGGCUCCAUCCGCGCCAUACUCUUCGGUCACACGCACGCGGACGAACUGACGGCCGGCCUGUGGACCGUGGGGACGCAGACGUUUGAGCGGGAUGACCGCCUGUUCAAGAAAGAUGGGGAAUUGCGCGACAUCCUCUGA